CAGGUUCGUUGGCUUGACAAGACACCAGCACUCCAGCAAUACAACAUGAGGCGUCGUGGAAUCUUAAAGUUUGUUCUUGCGCUUCUUGUGAUCCAUUUGGCUCUUGAAGUCGCAGGACUAGAUGACAACUUGGCAAUUGAAAGCAAGAUGGAUAAAGCAGAGGUUGGCCGGAGUGCGGAAGGAUUUGACUGGAGUUUUAUCACUGGCCAGCCGAGGAAUAUAGGAGAGCUGGGUAAUUUCAAAUGGAACAGUUUCAAUUUGGAAAGCAGUGCGGAAGAAGACGAAGAAGACGAAGAAGACGUCGACAGAAGGAUGGAUGACAUUGACUGGGGUUUUCAAAGGCCAAACAGCGAAGAGGAAGACGAGGCUGAGAAACGACUGGACGAUGGCAUUGACUGGAGUUUCCUGACGGAGCAAAUCGAUGAAGAGCAAGACGAAGUUGAGCAUCGAAUGGAUGAAAUUGACUGGAGCUGGGCCGCGCUAGGAGGCAGCAGUAUGGAUGAAGAAGAAGACGACGAAAUUGACGAAAGACUGGAGGACGUUGGAGAACUUACGGAAGAACGUGACGAGCCAGAGUAUAGCCAGGAAAAUAUCCCAUCGAAAUGGCACCAGAAACUUAAGAAAAAUAAAUUCUCUUAUGGACCACCCAAGAUCCAAAAACCACCCAAAGGCCAGUACGGUCCAGCCAAAACACCUAAACGACCUAAGCCUCAAUACGGGCCACCUAAAGGUACGAAACGCCCAAAAUACGGAGCCCCCAAGGCGCCCAAGGCCCCCAAACGACCGAAAACAAAAUACGGAGCCCCCAAAAAGACUCAUAAACCAACCAAGGGACACUACGGCCCACCCAAAACGACCUAUCACGCCCCAGCCUACGCCCAGCCUCAAGAGCCAUCCUACAAUCAUCAUCAAGAGCCAUCCUACCACUACCAGCAGCCUCAACAGCCCUCCUACAGUCAACCUCAAGUACCAUCCUACAAUCAUCAUCAAGCUCCCGCUUCUCACCCACCGCAACCAGAAUACAAAGAAGCCGAUCCAGUUACUUAUCCACCACAACCGGCUACUAAUUCUGUACCGCCAACUUACCGACAACCCGAAUUGCCUAGCUCCAGCAUCUCCCCGCCGCCAUCCAUUAACUACCAAACAACUCCAGAUUACAGCCAAUCGUUUUUCGAGUCGUCUUCUUCACAGCCGACUCCGGUUGUCCCGUACAGUCCAGCCAUUCCAACGCAAGAUCACCACUCUACUCCGAGCGAUCCGAGUUACGACUCUGGGACACAUUCUCCUCCUGCCCAGCGUGAAAACGCUUCUCCCUUUUUCCUACCAGAAACAGAGCCGUCUAGACAAAGACUAAGACAACCUACUUACGAACAAGUCUCCGACAAAAAUUACAAUCCAGGAUUUUUUCAACAUAUGUCCUUCCCCAAUCUCGAUGAAAUAUUUAAGCAGAUAUUCAAUUUUUAAAAAAGAUGAUUCUCAUAUCGUAAUUUUAAUUUCAAAUAACGUAUCUGAAUGCAUUGCUCACCGUAUUUACCUUGGAAAUAACUUGAAACUCUAAAACCACAGGCCUUUAAUCGAUUCAUAAUAAUAACUUAUUUAUUUAUUUUCUCAUCACAGUGGAUGGUGUUUGUUAUUCCAGGUUUUAACCAUUAAUACUUGUUAUUUAUCAAGAAAAUUUUUUACUUCAAAAUUAUCAUAUUUUAUUAUUUGUUAUGCAAUUAUGUGCACUUUUCCUGGUUCAAUACAUAAAAACACAAACAUA